CAACAGUUUACCUGGGACUGUUUCAAGCGGCGCAUCAAGAGGAGAGAACCCAUUCACUGAGAGACAAAGAAAAGAAAUAGACAAACUGCUGGAGGAAAAUAAUUCAUCUGACAGCAAAGAUGCAGUGGAGUCUGAUUCUGCUCUUCCUGAUGGCUCAGUGUUGCUUCAUUGACUGUCAGCUCUAUGAGUUUCACUACAUUAAUGAGAAUAAAAACUGGACUGAAGCUCAGCAGUACUGCAGAGAGAAACACACUGACCUGGCCACAGUGACUAACAUGAAGGACAUGAAGAGACUCAUCAACAUCUCAGCUGGAUAUAAUACGGCAGCAUGGAUUGGUCUGUAUGAUCAAACAAAUGGUACCAGAACAUGGUUCUGGUCUCUGCCUGAACUGGAGUUCAAUGAAAGUGAGACAAACUGGAACCCAGGAGAACCAUCAGAUAAAGGAAUUCAAGGAUCUGAGAACUGUGGGGCUGUGUAUCAAGAUCUCACAUGGCUAGAUGACGGUUGCCAGAAGACUAAAUAUUUCCUCUGCUAUGAUGAAACUAAUAAAACCAAUAAAUAUCACCUGAUUAAAGACAAGACGACCUGGCUGAAAGCUCAGAGUUACUGCAGAGAGAAUCACACAGACCUGAUCAGUGGAACGAAGCAACUACAGGAUGAAGAAGUGAAGAAAUUGAUGAUCUCUUCAAGCGAUUACACACACAUUGGUUUAUUCAGAGACACCUGGAGGUGGUCAGAUGGAAACAGUUUCUCUUUCAGACACUGGAAUAAUGACUUUAACUAUCCACAGUCCAACAGUGGUCAAUGUGCCAUGACUGUGUUUAAUGAUGGAGGCAGAUGGAAGAAUAUGAACUGUGCUGAAAGAAAACCCUUCAUCUGUUAUGAUGAUAAUGUGAUCCUGAUCAACCAAAAUAAAACCUGGGAGGACGCCUUGACCUACUGCAGAGAGAACCACCAUGACCUGGUCACCAUCACCAACAUGGAUGAUCAGAGAUGGAUCCAGGAGAAAGUCAAGAAGGCAUCGACUGAUUAUGUCUGGACGGGUCUGCACUACGCCUGCACUCUGGAUUUGUGGUUCUGGGUCAGUGAUGAGAUGGUCAUCUAUAAGAACUGGGCCGAAGGUGAACCGAUGGACGACUGUGACAUGUCUGGAGCCAUGGAGACGAAAAGGGACCAUCAGUGGUUCAAAAGAAAUGAUUCUGACCUGCUUAAUUUCAUCUGUUCUAAAGAGUAAAAUCCUCUCUGCUUGUUUAUUCUUCAUGUGGUUCUUAUUAAAUGUUGGUUUCUUCCAACUUUUCUUUCCUUCUGAAAGAAAAGAAAAUCUUUACAUCAACAGAGAUUAAUUUUUCUCUGAAAGCUUAAUUUCAGUUUGGGUUUUUAUAUGUAAUAUACCAGUGUGUUAUGUUUGUUAUUCUAUUCUAAUAUUUCAAUCCUCCAAGUUUUCAUAAUCAUGACAAGUGCUGUCAGAUAUUUUGGGAAAGUGACUUUUUACUGUUUACCAUCUUAUAAUCAAAAGUUGUGGGUUCGAUUCCAGCUUCAUUUUGCCACAUGUUGAUGUUCCUCUGAACAAGGCGUUUAUCUCGAUUGAAAUGUAUUUGUUUUUGUCUCUUAUUAAAGUUUUUGAUGAUCUAAAAUAUAUAUAAAAAACUGAAGCAAUUAAAAAAGUGCCAAAACUGUAAUUGCAUUUUAUGACUUUUGUGCUGAAUUACACUUUCAUGGAGUUAAAUUUGGGUCAAUAAAUCUGUCCCUGAAUGCAACAGCAACACAUAGUUAAGUCAUGACUGCACCCCAUCAUCUGAGGGCCUGGUCUCAUGCCAAAAGACGGUCAGAAGCUU